AUAAGAGAAGAAAUACUAAAAAGGAAUUUUAUUUCGCUUCGUUACGCACAGAGCACCAACCCCUUUUCCUCUCUUCCUCUCUUUCGAUCUCUCUCGCGGGAUAACAGCAUGCAGCGGCAAUCGCUCGGGGCGCCGGGGGCCAAGCUCCAGGUGAACGGGAACAGUGACGGAGGGGAGAGGGAAGAGAGGCGGAAGAGCAGCGCCGGAGUUGGGGCGGCGGCGGCGGCGGCGGCGGCGGCGGCGGCGGUGGCGGGGGAGGAGGAGGAUAUCAAAGUGGAGAAGCUGAUCCGAUCGAGCUCGAGGAUGGAGAGAUCCAUCCACCUCAUCCCGGUCCUCACCGUUCUUUGCUUGCUCCUCCUCUACCUCAUCUCCCACGACCCCUCUCCGAAUGAAUUGGAAAAACUCGGCGGCGACGCCCAUCUUCUGUUCCAGAACGCGGGAUCGGCGACGGAGAUCGGGCGAAAUAUCGGGGUGGGAAUCGGCGGCGGCGGCGGCCGUAACGGCGAUUCGGAGCCAUCGGGGACUGAAGGAGGCGAGAAAACUCCGGCACCGGAAGCUAUUCUAGGAACGGCCCCGCGAUGGCCUCGCACGUGCGACGGCGGUCGGCCGGGGGCUCCGCACGUGAAUAUCCCUGGCUUCGCUUCCGCGGGGACCGGCCGGAGAAGGAUGGAUGGUGGAUUAAUUUACCGUCGAUAUGAAAUUUUUGCUUUUUUUUUUUAAAAAAAAUAAAGAUAUGCCGCCGAGGAGGCGUGGAUCCCUUUUUUUCCGUAACAUAUUUUUUAAUUCCAUUUUUCAGUUUAAAUAAUAUUGAUUUUAGUUCCGUUA